GAGGCCAUGAAAGGAGGGCGGAUAAACACAAGGUGACAAGAAGUACGCAAAUUUUUGCUGUUGUCUCUUACCCCAUUAACUGGACUUAGACUAGGCUUGGAAACCAAACCGAAUGAGAGAUCCAGACUCAAAAAGGAGAAGAUAUCCAGAGAAGAGAGAGAGACAGAAAAGACACGAAAAUGAUCAUAAUAUUUUUAUUAAAAGGAAAAAAAAAAGUGGAAAAAGCAAGACGAAAGACGACAACCUUUUUCUCUUCCUCCACAUUUGUGACAAAAUGCGCCUCCCAACAAAAAAGAAAAUAAAGAAAGCAGCCUUUUCCCCUUUCUUUUCUUUAUUAUUCUUCUAACCUGCCUUGCCUUUUGUUCGUUUCUUCCUACUCCUACCCCAUUUAUAUAGAUACGUGUUACUACUGCUUCUCUACUUGUUAUCCAAUUUGUUGUGCCCCAGUUCCCUUCCUUUGUCUAAAAAUUGCAACAAUUUGUCCUCGAAAUCAGCACACAAGAUACAAAUUUUCUUGUAAUGGCCUUCUCAAAUUGAUCAUCCAUCUGGGUUUUUGAGUUUUUCAGCUGGGAAUCCAUUUUUAUUCUCUGGGUUUUAGCUGCUAUGCACAUUUCCAUAUUCAACCGACAAGAAAAUUUGGUUUUUUUUUUGGGGUGUCUUUUCUGGUUUUAAGCCGAGUGAGAGAUGCAAUCAGUGAGCUCGGAGCAGGGGAGAUCGGCGGCAGAUACGAGAGGGAAGCAUAGGAUUUCUGCUGAAUUGAAAAGACUUGAGCAAGAAGCUCGCUUUUUGGAGGAAGAACUAGAACAGCUUGAGAAGAUGGAGAAGGCCUCAGCUUCUUGCAAGGAGAUGCUGAGUAAGGUGGAGACAAGACCGGAUCCGCUACUUCCAGCGACGAAUGGCCCGCUCAAUCCAUCCUGGGAUCGAUGGUUUGAGGGGCCUCAAGAGAAAUCAGGAUGCAGGUGCUGGAUUCUGUGAUUGUUGGUGCUAGAGCAGUUUGCUAAAUUGAUGGUUGAGCUUGUUACAGAGUACAGAUAGGAAUAUCCUGUCAGGUUAUCAAAUGAUCCAUUGUGCAGAGAUUCACAAUUUUUCCUUACUCUAGAUUAUUCUAUAUCAAAAAAUUCUAUGUUUUCUCCCCUUUCAGUUACCCCUAGAAAUGGAAUGGAAUACAGCAUCGUGUACAAAUGCCCAUUUAUGUUCUUGUAAACAUGAUUAAGAAAUUUCACCUUAUAACCAAGAGAUAAUUUUCUGUUUUGUAUCCUCA